AUGGCCCGGAUGACGUCACUCUUUCGCUCGCCGUCGCUCGAGGUUAAGCGCCUCGCCGUCGUCAUCGCUGUGUCGCGACGUCUUCCUGGAAAGUUCGCCGCCCACACGGGUCGUUCCGCGGAGGCAUCGCCGCGCGCCAGCGGAUGUGCAACAUCACAGCCAUCGACAGCCCCAGACGGCCUGCCCACAUCGCCUCCGCACUUCGCCCUCGUUUCCCUCCCCACAACAGGUACCUCUCCGCACAAGCCUGUCGCCUCUUCCAAGCCUUCCUGA